UUCUUCCGUGGCAAGACAUAAACUUUGAAACGUGAAACUUUGUUCUCGCGCACAGCUCACCGUCACGCCAUCACCGUCCGCCACGGCGCAGUGCCUGCGAAACGCAUAAUGAGGUCCACUGGAGGAGCUACUACGUUUUCUUGAUUUUCUUCUGCCAUCAAUUUCAAUCAUCUGCCAAAUUUUCUGCACAGAAUUGGAUCCAACUCGGAUCAUCUUCCAUGUCACUUUCCCUGGAGAGUUCUUUGGCAGUCCAACCAUCCCUACCUACUGCAUUAAUAGCACAUCUCUGUGCCUGUAGUACUGAGCCUCUCACUCUCAAUCGUCUCACUGAUGGAGAAUAUGGAGAUGGUUCAGACAGAGUUGACUAUUCACAGUUCAUAGCCUGGAAUGGGGUCUCCAGGAUCACGCUAACACGUUCAGGUGGCUAGUACUCUAAAUUCAGUGAGAACUGUAAACCUGUUCUUCUAUCAUGACCCGGCACUUGGAAUAGGUCUACCUGAGUUUAAUCUUACUGGCUCAACAAGUGAAACGACGCCGGGAGCGCCUCUCCCAUACACCAUCCUCGGUAACCAGGACCUCGGGGCUGGUGAUGCGCAAGUCCGAAAUGUGACACUAGCUCUGACUCAGAGUAUAGUAGGAGAUGCUAAUCGUUUUCACAUUGCAUUCUCUCUGAUUAGUGGCGUCCAGCAGUUUGCUCUCAGUGAAGUAGAGCUCUGUUCUGACGUAGCCGAAGUUGCAGCAGAGACCCUCUCAGUGAGACUGAACAGUGAACCAAUACAGCUAGUGAACGGGUCAACUGUUCUGUUACCAGCCAACAGGACAGGAGUCAGCGAAGAUGACGUCAUCAGACUCUCCUGUACUGUGGUCAACCAGGGCAGGUUCACGUGGGUGUGGACACUCCCUGACUCUGUCUCCUCCACAACACAACAAGAGAUUCUGGACGGUCAACUGAUACUGGAUGGCACACGGACUAGAGUCAUUGAGGUUCCCCGGAGUAGGGAAAGUGUUGGGGAACUACACCUGUACUGCCAGUUAUGCCACUGGCACUGGACUUCCUGCUUCAUCUGUUGCUGAGGAAUUUAUCAUUGAUGUAGAAUUGGUUUUGUACCCAAACGAGAGAACUGUGAUUUUUGAAGAAAAUGAUUUUGUGUUGUUGGAGUGCAUCUUGGCCGGCGAGGUAUCAUGGACUGAAGAAAUACGGUGGUUUUUCAAUGGACAGAUCAUAAGCAAUUCCGGAAAAUAUAGUGUUUUGGAGUCGAUAAACAUUCUGUGUGCAUAUGGGACAUGUCAUCAGUCACAACUGCAGAUAAGACAAGCUGGUCAAGCUGAUGCUGGGAUCUACACAUGUCAGUAUGCUGGUCUUUCAGAUGUGAUCCUCCUAAUGCAACUGCUAUCACCAGCCAUACCGCCAGCUUCACUCCCAGAUCCACCCCCCACACAGCAAACUAACACUCCUUUCAAAUCACCAGAGAUCCCUACUCUCAUUGCUACAAAAACUAACACUCCUUCCAAAUCAUCAGAGAUCUUUUUGAUUGCUGGACUAACCGCUGCAGGAUUUGUGUUAAGUCUGACCGUAGCUGUAAUCGUCACGGUUAUGUGUGUAGUAAUGAGGAGACGAAAGUCACUGAUGGCACAACCCAAUGAACAGCCAAUGUAUGACUAUGUGGAGCCACCCAAUCUACCACCAGAGAGGGUUAAGUUGGAGGGGAACACGGCCUAUGGUAUUAUCCAACCACAACCUCUUGAAGAUCUGUCUGCUACAAACCAAACAACUCCCUCUGAAACUGUAGCGACGAAGGGGAAUGAAGCUUAUGGACAGACAGGGGUUCUGCAGUUACAAGAAAAUGAAGCUUACCAACAGAGAGAGGUGCUGCAGCUACAAGAAAAUGAAGCUUAUGAACACACGCGAGAGGUGGUCAUUUACUUGUAGGUGAAUGUAGCAUAUGAACAGACAAGAGAUAAGUACUAGCAAAAUAUUGUGUAUUUGGUCCUUGUUACUCCAAGUAAAUUCCAAAUUCCAGGGAAUUUGUAAUAAAAAUAGUAGCUAGCUAAACAUGCCCAC